CUGCCCGGAAAGACGCUGGCAUGCCUGCUCGGUACAAAACCGCGAUCGGCUGAGCAGCUAUGGCGCCUGAACAUGGCGAUGCACUACGGGCAGGGUGUUGUGGUUGGCGUUGCCCGUGCGCUGAUGAGUUACCAUGGAAUCCGCGGCCCGUUUGCAGAUUCAAUGUUUACAAGUCUUCGGCUGCUAGUCGACCAGACUCUGGAAAGCUGGACAGGCGUUGGCGCCUUACCUUGGACGUGGCCGUUUGGGGAGCAGAUAAUCGACUUGGCGCAUAAGGCGGUUUAUGCAAUGGCAACGGGAUAUUUCAGAGCUUUGGAUUCGGUAAACGUCUUUUGGAGGUAA